UAGCAACGCUAAAUGUCAUACACACAACGAACAGCCAAGGAGGAGUGGAAGCGCCAUGACAACGAAGUCAACAGAUACGUCAGUGCCGCCACGAGCGGGUAUGUAUCUCACAGAUACAAAAUAAAAAGGCAGUCUCGCAUUUUCGGAUUCGUCGGCGCGCUGAGAUUCUCGCAUUCAGUUUGUCCACGAAAGCCGAGUCGAACGAGUGUGGCGUUCCGCGGUGCGCGCUACUCCCAGUCACAAAAACAAACAUUAAAAAAUUAAACCAAAAGUCAAGGAAAAAAAGGGGUGGUUUCAUUGAUGCAGUGGUGCAAUGCUGCCGUGGUGCAGUGGUGAUAAAUAUUUCUAGUAAAAGUAGAGCUACUGAAAUUGGAGCAAUAAAUUCGCGCGUUUGUGUAUUUAUAAAAAAAUUUCAACGAAAAAUUCGCAUUCGUGCGGUAUUUACUUUGCUGCGAAUACGCGGAGAAAUGACCGCCCAAUUUUCACCGGACACUCAUAUUGUGCUGGGCGAUGCAUGGAAUAAAUAAGUGAAAUUUUAAUUGAAAAUUAAAGCUGUGCCUAAUUGUUGAGUUGUAGUGAAUUUAAGGAAUUUGCAGCGAUUAUGUGGCGAAAUGAGCAGAAGUAACAGGGCAUGGCCAGUGGGAUGAAUGUGCGUACAAGUGUGCUAUGUACUACGUAUUUACAUAUUUACAUACAUACGUACAUAUAUGGCCGCGAGCCAAAAGCUUCGGCAGUGCAUGCAUAGUCAGCCACAAAAUCAUAAGCAAAGUGGAAAACAAAAAAUUAAAUAUUCAUUGCGAUUCGUUGAGUUGUGAUCUUUGGCAGCUAGGCACGGUCGGUCGGUCGGUUGAUCGGUCUUCCAUGUGCAUAACAAAGUGCUACAGUUUACAAAAUCAUACAUACAAAGCGGAGAUGAAAAAAAUCUCAAGCCAUUAUCUAAUUUCGCAACUAAUUGAAUAAAUUGACCAGUACAAUAACAAAUUGAACGCAUUCGCUAGCAAUCAAAUCCGCAACAAAGAUUGCGGCAGCUCAAAUAAGUGAGUCGUGUGUCAACGCAGCCAGUAAAAUAUGUAGCAAGCAGGCUAGAAAAGCAGGCCGCUUUGCUCCAGUAAAAAGUGUCGACACAAAUAGCGUACGAACUUCCAUAAAUGUAAUAGCAAAGCUUGUGGAUAAAGCUGAAGAGCGCUGCUCAAAUUGGAGUUUGCUGGUGGAGCGCUAAAGGAGCGCUAAAGGAGCGCCUAUUUAGUGUUAGUCUCAAGUGUUUCACGCGUUGAUCGAAAACAAAAAAAAGUAAAAGAAACGCGCUUCAUUAGCAGUCGACGGAAGUGGGCUAACACGCAACGGUUAAAGGAAAAGGGAAAUUCGGGAAAAUCGAUUUCUCAUUGCUGGUGGUGGCAUACCAUCAACAACAGCGACAACAACAACAAAAACUACAAAAACAACGAAAGAAAAGCAGUCAAAAUGAUGGGGAUGUGCUCACGAAAAUCACAUAGGCUUGACAUUUCGACGCAACCGAAUUCGGCAAAAAGUAUAUACGGCCAAAAACGCAGUCAUCAGAAUGGUGAUUGCUAAGCCCAUAACAAAUUGAUCAUUAAGGUGUAAUUAAUCGUAGGCAAAAGCAGCAGCAGCAGCAGCGGCAGCAACGGCAGCGGCGAAAGCCACAGCUGCACAAUCCAACAUGAGGGUACGCAAAAUACCCCUGCCGUUGCCUAACACCGGAUUCAUGCAUCGAAAACGGAAUACCUACUACAUACGUGGAAUCAUUGGUGUGGCGCUUAUCGUAUUCGCCCUAAUGCAGUUACACGUAUUUAAUUACACUGAUUCCCGUGAAUUGUCAAUGCUUGGCGAGCCAACAAAUGAUUCAAUCGAUGCGAUGCUCUCAAUGGUGCCAUCGGUGUUGCAUAAGUUUCUAACGCCGAAAUCUAGAAACCAAACAGCAGCCGCACAUAUGCAGCAUAAUAGCACGAGUGCUGGUAGAUAUAAUGCUUCCUACGCGGAUUAUUAUCAUCCACCAAAUAUUUCGGAGAUAAAGCAGCAAAUCGCCAAGUAUAAUGAACUGCAAAUAGUUUUAAAUGAGGACACUUAUGGUCCGCUGCAAAAUGAUUCUGUGAUAAUUGUAAUACAGGUGCAUACACGUAUAACCUAUCUACGCCAUUUGAUUGUUAGCCUGGCGCAGGCCAGGGAUAUUUCCAAGACUUUAUUAAUAUUCUCGCAUGACUAUUACGACGAUGACAUCAAUGAUUUGGUGCAAACUAUAGAUUUUUGUAAGGUGAUUCAGAUAUUUUAUCCCUACUCUAUACAAACGCAUCCGAAUGAGUUUCCCGGCGUAGACCCGAACGACUGUCCGCGUGACAUGAAAAAGGAUCACAAUUUUGUUCAAUUUCUUUUUAACAGAGCCAUAACACGAAAAUGCAACAAUGCGCUGUACCCAGACCUAUACGGCCAUUACAGGGAAGCGAAAUUCACACAGACCAAACAUCAUUGGUGGUGGAAGGCGAAUCGAGUAUUCGAUCAAUUGGAUGUGACCCGUUAUCAUACAGGUCUGGUAUUGUUCCUAGAGGAAGAUCAUUACGUAGCCGAAGACUUUCUCUAUCUCCUCGAUAUGAUGCAGUCUUCAAUAGGUAGUCUAUGCCCGCACUGCGAUAUACUCUCGCUGGGCACAUAUUUAAAGACAUUCAACUACUAUACAUAUAACAGUAAAACUAAUAAGAAAUCCCUUAGCAGCCAAUAUGCUUCCUCGCUGCUCACUUCCAGCAAUUUAUUAGGAUAUAAUCGCAAUAAAAAUAGAAACUCACAGCAAUUGUCAUCGCACGCAUCGUCAUCGUCAUCGUCCACAUCAGCUGCGAAUAGUUUUAAUAAAAAGUAUUUUAAUGAAAAUAAUAAAGAAAAAGUGUAUGUCGGUGAUACAAUCACCAACACCAACAACGCACGCAUCAUUAACAACCACAAUACCAUAACCACUUCCACCACAACCACAACAGAUAAAAGCGCCGCACAGCAAUCGUGGAGUUAUCACGUGCUACCAUCACUGUAUUCUGUCUAUCAGAAGGUCGAAGUGAUGCCCUGGAUAAGUAGUAAACAUAAUAUGGGUUUCGCAUUCAAUCGCAGCACCUGGUCCAACAUACGAAAGUGCGCGCAACAUUUCUGUUUUUACGACGAUUACAAUUGGGACUGGUCGCUGCACUAUGUGUCCCAGCAGUGCUUGCAGAAGAAGCUGCAUGCAAUGAUCGUUAAAGGUCCAAGAGUCUUCCAUAUUGGCGAAUGCGGCGUCCAUCACAAGAAGAAAAACUGUGAAUCCAAUCAAGUGAUAGCGAAGGUGCAACAAGUCUUACGUAUAGCUCGUAAGUCUAAACAGCUGUUUCCACGCAGCUUAUCGCUAACAGCGGCAAGUUUAGUGAAGAAGACCAAACUGCGUAAGGGUAACGGCGGAUGGGGCGAUCGACGUGAUCAUCAAUUGUGUAUGAAUAUGACGAAAUCGAGUAAUGAAAGUUGAAUUAAAACCAAAUCACCAAAGACACACUGAAUUAGCAAAAUUUAGACACUAACAAAUACGCAAGAAAAAUAAUAAUCAAUUAGAAGGUUAUUUAGUGCACAAUGCGGAACGAGGAUGUGUAUGUAUAGGAAAUAUCACAGUUAUAGCUAAAUAAUUUAAGAGGUUUUUUUUUGGAGCACUAAGGCAGUGUAUUUGGUCAUGGGUUCGAUGUAGACUGCAAACAUUAAACAUUACCUUUUUUUUAAAUACGUUAGCGCCUCGUCAGUCAAUGGUCAAGCCUCUAAAAGUGUUUUGCCUUGAAAAGUAUUUUUUUUUUUAAAUCAACUAUCAUUUGAAGGGGCGUAAAAUGUAAGGACCGGACUCCCCAUUAGUAGUGCAACAUUAAAACGCAUACCCCGAAAUGGAGUAGAAACUUGGCCUUAACAUCUUUGAGGCCUUAAGUGCCGAUUUAUUACUAUUAACAGAGCCUUAAAUUGAUUUAAAACAAUAGUUAUUAAAUGGUUUAUUUUCAAGUAGAAAAUCUUUGACAGGAUUCGGCACUCGAAGUGUAACCAAUUAAAAACGCCAUACAUUUAGUUUGGAAAAUUACUUUUAUUCAAUUCAAAGUAAAAAAUGUGUGAAAGUAAUACAAAAUUAAGAAUCAAUUUACUUUUGCUCAAUAUGACCACCUUUUGGCUUGACUAUGGCCUUGAGACGGUCCACAAAUGAAUCGCAAGCUACCCGAAUGUGACUUGCAGAUAUUUUGGCCUACUCGCGGACAAUGGCUUUUUUCAGCGCUUUGAGGCUGGGUAAUCUUUUAGUCUUAGGUAUUUUUUAGGACCUUUCUCUCUAAAUUGGACCAAAGAGAAUAAUCAAUCGAAUUCGCUUCUGGUGAAUUUGAGAGCCAUUGUGUGAACUUUAUGAAGUUCUUAACUGUCAACUGUUAACUUAGUCAUUCUUCGUUCACUCGAGCUUUGUGAGACGCUCUUGACGAGUCCUGUUGAAACGUCCAUGGUCUGCCACCGAAAUGUUUGUCUGCCCACGAUUUCAAAGCAACCAACUCCAGAAUACUUUUCCGAUAGUAUUUCUCAUUUACCUUGACGCCAGGCUCGAUGAAAACGAUUGGAGAGCGCCCAUCAGCUGCUCAGAGCGCUGUUUGGUUGAAGGAGAUUGGCCUCUGGAGGCAACUUCCUGUAGGACAUAGUAGCAUCUUGAAGCAGAUCUCCCCUUCCUACUCUAUACUUCGCACUGAUCUCUACAUCCGCAAACUGAGUUUUGAGGGUUGUGCUAGGGCUAUCUUUCCGAACAAGCAAGAUUGAAAAGAGGGCAGAGUCAGCACGGAUAUAGGUACUUCUGUUUUCACUGGCGGAUCCAAGAUGGAUCUGGAGUGGGAGCGGGGAUUUUCUCUAAAUCAGCCAAUAUUCGGUCUCCUUUAAAUUGCCGGAAAGGAGCAGCGUUUUUCAAGCAGAUGUGUUCGCGAUCCUGCAAGCAUGCAAAAUGCUUUGGGAUCGCUGUUGGGAGGGAGACAUUAAUAUUUUUUCCGAUAGUCAAACGACAAUCAAGCCCCUGUCGUCGCCGUAUUGCAGCUCUCUUCUCGUAAACACCUGUAAGGAGGAACUCAAACGUCUCGAACGUGCAGCAAACAUUUCCCUUAUCUGAGUUCCUGGGCACAGAAAUAUAGAGGAAAAUGAAAAUGCCGAUCAGCUUGCCAGGAAGGGGUCGACAGAAUAGGUUUCAAUUGUCCCCUUCUCAGACAUCGGUGUCCGCUUGACCGUUGUUAAAGGGAAACUUCACAAUUUCUUUCUAAAAAAAAAGCGUAAGACAGAUGGAGGUCUGUCUCAUCGUGUGCUAUUUCAAAAACACUAUGGCCUCAAUACGAUAUUAAGAGAACGCUUAAAGUGAUGGCAAUCCGCCACCAUUCAAAUUCCAAACUCAUUGCGGUGUUCACUGGUCACUGGGUGAUCGGUACUCAUGCUGAGAAGCUUGGAAUUCCGUACAACCCCUAUUGCAGAAGCUGUGGUGAUCCUGCAGAGAAAGGGACUGUUGAGCACUUUCUCUUCAAAUGUCUGGCUCUGGCAGCUAGGCGCUUGAGAUUCCUUAGCGUGCCCUUUGGGGAUGGCUUAAAGAAAUUCUCCAGCCUAUAUUCCUUUUCUCUCCUCCACUGCAUCAACAGCACUGGAUGGCUGUAGACGGUUUUCUCUUCCCUACAUUUUUUCGCAGGUAUUAAAAUGAAGCAAACCUCGAAUACGAGCACAAACUCCUCUAUUUCUUCCCCUUCCGCCCUUCUCCCACGAACAAAAUGUUUCCCUUCAAAAUGUUUCUCUGUGUAAAUGGGCACUUAGCACAAUUUGUUUAUUUUUUUUUAAUCAGAAAUUAGAUUAAAACAUUUCAUCUCAAUUUA